AUCAAGGCCAUACUAGUUACAAACACAAUGUACAAAUAUGUGCAAAGGGUAUUUUACAAACUAAAGAAACAACAACGGCGGUCGUAGUUAGUUACAAAGAAAUCAUCUAUUAGAUCACAAUGGCCACGGGAGUAUCUUCAGUUGAUGAGCCCUUCAAGCCUGGUAAAGAAGAGGGAGUACAACCGUCAGCUCCAAUGAGAGAUGAAGGCCCACCCCUGUACCAUGAAGCACCUCCAGACUACUUUGCAUCCGUGGCUGAGCAGCCUCCUCCUACUAGCUAUCCACCCCCGAAUAUGAGUCACAUGGCCUCAGUCAGUGGGCAGCCAUUUUUCUCAGCCCCUCAGCCCAGUCAGCAGUUCAUACCGACACCAGGUAUGGCUCCGCCUUUCCUGCCACCACCAAUGCUGCAGAAUCCUCAAGAUACUGAGCCGCCUCAUCCUGGUCCGCACACGUUCGAGCCAGCUGCAAUCCUACUGAUGGUGUUUGCAGCAUUUACAAUUUGCUUGACAUAUGCGUUCUCAAUACUUUGUGCUGCUCCAGCUCUUCACUUUGCACAAAGAAGCAAAAACAUUCAAAAGAAAACGAAAGAUUUUCCCAGAGCCCAGAAGAAAGCCAACUAUGCUCUCGUGUUUGUUGUGAUAGGAGGACUUAUUAUCAGUUCUUUGUGGAUAACCCUCAUCCUAGGCCUGGUGGUGGGCGUGUCCACACGACCUUGUUUAUCCCUCAGCUACUCAACAUCUGAACGGAGCUAUGUCUGUCGUACAUAGACAUUUAACAUUCAAAUUUGUGAUUUCUAUAUAACUUAA